AUGAACAGCAGAAGCAGCAGAAGCAGCAGCAAUGGUCGCAGCAGAGGCUCCAUUUCAGCUCUCCCCAGCGAGAUUGUGCUCAGGGUGCUCUCCCUCCUUGACUCCCACGUCCUCAUCACCAAGGUUCUAUGCUUGAACUCGUAUUUCCACAAGCUAGCUCUUUCCAUUCUCUACAACAAGAUUUACCUCAACGACUACAAAAUAUUGAGCUGGAACUCCUCUCUGCACGUCGAUCCUCUCUUCUACAAUUUUGCCCACUACUCCUACUUGAAAAUUGACUACCAGUUGCUUUACUCAGACUGCUUCAAUGACAAAUUGCCCCCAAGAGACUCAAUUGACUCCAUUAUAAACCAGAAAAUCCUCCACCACUCUUCCUUGGAUGAUAAAGAAAAAAUGGUGCUCUACAACUACAAAAGAAUAUUGAAUUUCUUCUCGUCCUUAAAAAUCUUCAUCUCUACUAUCAACAAACACCUCUCCUAUUUAUCUCUAAUCAACACCAUCUACUUUGAUUGGAAUUUUGUCUCCUUGCAUGACGAUUUUGAUGUCUACUUGCUAGAUUUGAUAUUCUCCAAAAUAUUGAUUCCUCUAUCAACUCACAACAACAACACAUCUCUACUAUUCAAAAACUCUAUAAUUCAAAAGGCUUUUUAUGACUACUAUAAUACAAACUACAAUAAUGUUACCAAAUCUCUCCUAACUCAACAAAUCAUAGAUUCCAUUUCAAACAACUUAGAAUUGAAAUACAUCAACGACUACUACAUUUGGGACACCAAUUUCAGCAGAAACUUUUCUUUUUUCCAAAAAUUCCAAAAAAAGUUCCUAUCAAACUCUCUUAUCAUCAAAAAUAUCGAUCUCCAUUUUUUCGGCACAAAAAAUUUCAUAUCAAACCUAACCUUCAUUGUCAACUCAUUAAACCUACUAUCAAACAACGACAACUAUAACGACUACAACUACAACUACAACUACAACUACAGCUACUACAAAAAAAAAAUCAUUUUUCAAAAUGUCAAAUCUCUAAACAUCUCAAUUGAUUUCGAUAACCCCCAGGACUUUACAAAUAACCCAAUCUCAAUCAAAUUCUUUCAAAACUUUAUCGACUUGUCUCUCCUAAAACACCUAACCAUAAACCAAUGGUGCUACCAUUUCAACCAAUGCGAAUGCAUCAAACUAUGGAUCUCCUUCAUAAACACCCUAAAAUUCUCCAAAAUAUUCAACAACUUUAACAACCUACUCCAGCUAAAUCUAAUCAACUUGCCUCUAUCAAACUUUCAAAUCUUAAACGAUAUUUACACCUUCAUCUUCUCAUUGCCAAAUCUAAAACUACUCAAACUAAACUACAAAGAUUUCAAUGACCAAAACAAUCUCCUAAUAAUAAACAACUACAACUCAAACUAUAAUUCCCUAAUCAACCACCUCAACCUAAACCUAAUCUCUCUUUCAAAUUUAAAUUUAUCCUACAUCGACCUAACUCUUGAUUUUCAUAGAAUCUUCUUGAAAAACCUAUUUACAAAUAACUUAAAUUUCGAUCUAAAGAAUCUAAAUUUUAAAUUCUUUUGCGACUGUCUCCAUUGCUCAAAUUUCAAAAAAAAAUUCUCUCCCUUUUUUGAUAUCUUUCAACACAAUAGAAAUUUCUUAAACUACAUCUGUACUUUUAUAAUUGAAAUUCUAAAUAACCUAAAAAACUCAUUCAGAUCAAAUAAAAUGCUAAAUCUAUCAAACUAUUUAGAUCAUCCAACCCCUUCAACCAAUAUCAAAUACUGCUACUUUAAAUUCAACACCACUCACUAUAUCAAAUCUUUCAAAAAAAACCAUCUCUUAUCGGAUUUUUAUAACAAAUUCGAUAUAAAUCUAAUCUUCAAAUGCUUAUCUCAUUAUUAUAAAUUCUUUAUAAAUAAAUUAAUUCAUUAUUUACCAAAUUUAAAAAUCAUCGUACUCGAUGAUCUACCUUUAAUUAUCACAAAAAAUAUUAUCAACACCACCACUAAUCACACAAAUAUCGACAAUCACUUUCAAAAUCACCUUCAAAAUCACCUUCAAAAUCACUUUGAUUACGAUUUAAUGUUCAAUAUCUCAAACGAUGACGAUUGGGUUAAUACUAACCAUGAUAACUUUGACAUUCAUCAAUUUAAAAAAGAUACUGAUGAUCUUUACUCAAAUUUUAACACUCAAAUUGAUCACCAAAUUAAUGAAUAG